CAUUCACACUCCGUUAAACUAAUUGAAUCAUUACAAAACACGCACACAAAGCUCUAAAAAUAAGCAGCACUUUGAGAUUAGCUGCACCGGUGUCACCCUUUGAGACCCAGCUGACAUCCAUGGACGCUCCGCCCAGCUGGGAGCGCGAGGAGGACGAUGUCGGAAUGAUAAACUGCUUUGGGAAGUCAGUCUGUGCCGUGUGGUCACUGCUGUGGUUACUUUCAUUUAGAGGCUGUUUUCUAUGAGGAUUUUACAGCAUUUACACGUCUGUUGUUUGUUUCAGUCUUCGCGUCGCUUUACGGGCCGUUUUUUUUUUUUUUCACAGUCGGUAACGGUCGGUAUCAUCAGUUGGUCGGUGUUGACAUCGUGACAGUUACACCAACGGCUCAAUGAUACAGUAGCUCCGGGCUGUUAUAACCUUAAAUUGGAAGUACUUCAUGGAAACAAGAGGAAUUCCCAACAUUUUACUCGUCUUUUUUCCAGUUAUCUCGUCUUAAUUGUCAACAUAAGUACAUUUAGAGACUUGAUAGCUUCUCAUUGAACUUGUGCAGCCCAGUGACUAUGGGCUAACUACCACUACUUCAAUGAAUCCUACUGUUUGAAGACUGUUUUAAACGGAAAGUGAAAGACUGAGCUACCUCUGCUUCACUUUACAACAUGUUAUGAAGACAACAAACAAGUGGACUGUUUUCUGACCCAUGGCUGAGGCUGUAAACAUGCUUUUAACUGCAUAAUUCAGUUGUGUGUGAUUCAACGUUCCUCCAUGCCUCUGUUGGCAUCUAAUGGAAGAAAAAGCACCCAUCAAGUCUGCCAUGGUAUCCAGACUGCCUAAGUUCGGUGGACGCUCCUCGACUGGUGGCGCGAGCCCCUUGUCCAAUGGUUCCACACAGACAACCACCCCCACCCAGGAUGGUAAAACUACUCCCCCAGCAACACGCCCAAAUGGCUUAAUCCGUGCCUCUCCUUUUUCACUGAAAUGGAAAAAAGACGAAGGGACGACCCCCCCAAGCCCCACCACUCCCACCAGCCCUGGGGAUGGAGUUGAAGACAAGGCUCAGACACAGCUUCCCACUCUGGCAAAGGAGGUAAAGAAUGGCUCUUCAGCGACGCCCAAGAUGCGGAGGUCAGGUGCUUUUAUGGUGGCAGUGUCCAGCCCCAAGGCAAUCCCCAAGCAAUCUGUGAAGAUGAGUCCCAAAGUGGGGACUAAGCUAACCCAAAGCCCGCUGAACGGAGGUCCAAAAAUAGGCCAUAAUGGCUCCAGCAUUCCUGCUCGAACAGGGUCAGAGUCUCGCCUUGUGCGGCCACGGUUGGGCUCCAGCUCGCCCAGAAGCAGCUCUCAAGACAGCCUGUCCCAGUCCAGUGACAGCCUGAAGACCUUGGCUUUGGAUAACAUGGUGCGUUCGAACAGCUUCACUCACUUCAAGCAGAUUCCCUCGCCGACCAGCCAGCCCAUGAUACGAUCCUUCUCCUUUAACCGGGCUGUGGAGCUAGCCAAGCCUCUGGCAAACACUCAGCUUCGGCCUCCUCGGAGUAGUUUCCUCAAACCACCUCAGUUGAGCAAUGGAAGAGUGGGUUUAGGACUCGGAGGCCUUAAUGGCAGCCUUGGAGGUUCAGGAGGUCUCAGUGGAGGACUUCAGUACAGUAAAACUCCUUCAGCUGCGUCCUCUCUGCCCGCCCUCUCAGUCCCUCCAGCACCCUCUACUCCCAGCUCUCUGAGGAAGCCUCUGCUCCCUAGCUGUGUGCUUACCAAAUCAUUGGGAAGCAGUGGGGGGACUUUGGGAUACAGACUGGCUCGAUCCGGACAGACCAAGCAGCAGAAGCCUCUUUUUCCAGGUAGGGUCAAGGGGGAUAUCAGAGCUUCAACUGCCCCUGAAUGUGCAGGGCUGUUAGGGAUAGCAACAGACAGUGAGCAGACUGCUGAGGUUGACAAAGUAGACUCACACAGUGACAGUGAUGGAAGUUCUGGAGGAGGGAAGGGAGGAGGAGAAAGUGGUGUGCUUAGGAAAAGCUCUGGUCAGACAGCAGGAGAGACUCUAGAGGACAUGUCCCUAUCUUCUGUCUCAUCUCUAGACAGAGGCGACACCAGUGAAGAGUUUCUAGAUGACUUUGACUGUGUGGGAGAUGUGUUCAGUGAUGUGGACCUGCCUGACAAUAGAAAAACUGGCAGUGCUACUCAAACCCGCCUACACAGCUUUCUCAACGAGACCCUCGACUGGGACACUAUGGAUCUGGCAGGGCAUACAGAAGAAAGCCCUAUGCAGGACUCCCAGGGACCACUGGUGGUGUCUUCAGAGCAAGGCGAUGCCCUUCAGGCGUCGUCUGUGGAGAUGUCACCCUCCAACAGCUCUGGUGGAACCUACAUGUGGGAUGAGGAUGGGCUUGAGCCCCUUGGGGGGCCGGGGACACAUCCUUGUGACAGCUAUGAUGAUUCAGUGCUCAACAGCACGGAUAUCCUGAACAACCUGGACCCUCCUGGAACUGGAGAGUUGGACGAUGAUGACCUCAUGCUGGAUGUGGACCUCCCAGAGGAUGGCUUACAUGACGCUGACAGAAUGUCCCACUUUGAGCGCUCAGAGAGGGCCGGUCGGCAGGGGCAGCGACGAAGACACCAUCGCUGGAGCGGGCCCGAUCACUUCUACAAUGACAGCAGGGCCCAUGUCGUCCAGCACUAUGAUGGUCUCAAGGCGUCAAGGUUUUCUUCGCGGCCCAUCUCUUCUGAAGGCAGGCAGCAUGGCUACAUGGCGAUGCUGGAUGAACUCACACUCGAACACAUGACUCAGGACUGCGGCUCUCUCAAGAAACAGCUGCUUAGGCUCAAAACAUUACUACAGCUUGAGGAUACAGACUCUCCAGCAGAUGUUCCUGAAGAGAUUGAAGAUAAUACCACUGCAUCACAGUUGGAGGAGCUGAUUAAGGAAGUGCAGGUGCUCAGAGAGGAGCUGAGGAGUCGAGACAAGACCAUAGCUCAGCUCACAUUGCAGUGUCAACAGCUGCAACAACAUCAGCGCGAACAAAUGCCUGCUCAAGCUCGUGCGGUCAGGUGUCAGUGCCACCACCAGAGGGCUCCCUCCUCACUACGACAGAGUGACAGACAGAUGGACAAACGGAUGCAGCAUAACUAUGACAAGGCCACCCAGACGUACUGGAGACCACCGAGCCACGCUCCUCAAAUACUACAGCCUUUCAACCCCUGCCUCAAAGAGCACCUCCACCAGGGAAGACUAGCAAAAACUCCCCUCACCGAGGGCCACAGUGACCUCACAAGGAGUAGAUCAGAGGAAGGAACUUAUACAGACACUGAUCGUGCUCUUGAAGACCUUAUGGCAGAUGUCUCCGGGCCAGCAAACCCCGACAAGCUGAGUCAUCUCCUCAGCACCCACCUGCGCUGCCCGGGCUCCAGGGCUCCACAGGGGGUAACUGCCAGAGACAGUCCAACAUCAGCAGCUCAGUCUGCAUCACAGCAUGACCGGAGAACUCCUGCUGUGACACCGCAGAGCUCUGUCACUCCCAAAUGUGCUGGUUCGACUAGCCCUCGCAUGCUGCAGCCUCCUCGCCUUCACAAGCGCGUGUCUCUCCCUGCACUCAAGCCAGGGGGCACUGGUGGCUUUGCCUCUCUGAAGCUGGGCUGUUCCUUAGGGCCUCUGCCUAACCGGGCCAAGCAGCUGCCCCCUCCGUCUAGAGGCCUUCCGUGCUUUAAUGCUGGACCCCAGGUUCAGUCUCCAAGUCUGUGUCGCACUUCACUGCUUCAGCCUCGCAGAGCAUCAGAGCCUUGCAGGGAUCCACGGUGCUCCGACUCCAGCCUGGAGGAGCCCAACCAGGGGACCCUUAAAGACCCUGGGUCAGCCAAGAUCCUGAUCCCUUUGAGUCGUUCAUGCCUCCCCAAGCCAAAGAUUCCCUGAGGAGCUUAAACCCACCCAUCAGAACUUAAAACUGGAAUCACUCUGACACUGCUAUUCAUCCCCGUCUCUCCCCAGCCAUAAUAACAGUGUGAUUGUUUUACCUUGUGAGUGUCAAAGAAACAUACACUGAGCUCAGCAACCAUUAUGGACCAUUCAGGGACUGCCUGUGUCGUUGACAUUGGUAUUGUGACUGCUGUAUUGUUUCUAAAUUAGUAUCUAACAACUCCAGCCUGACUGACUGAUCGAUACGUAGUAUGUAGCAGGAUCUUAUCUACACAACAAUCCAUAUUGGUAUAUAACAGUUUACAGGUUGAUGGGAAUUUAUGGAAGAAGAAAUGUCCAGUUUACAGGCCGUGCACGUGCACACGAAUGCUGCUGAUGGGGAAAAAAACCGAGUGUUGACAUUCAGAGAAGUUAGCUUUAGUUUUGUUUUGUAAUACCCGCUGGCUGUUCACAAAAUUUAAAGUCCAAGUUCACUUGUCCUCACACAGCUGUGCCCUCUGACACCCAGGUGCAUUUGGUUUUAAACAUGGAGGUGGCAUAAAUGUGACCUUUGCAGUGUAAUAGAAGGCCACAGGGAAGAUGGAGACAAAAACAAGAAAUGGGAAAGAAAGGAAAAAAAGAAUAAAAUAACAGCAAAAGUGGAAUAGGGGGCUAGAAUGAAAAACAAAUGCAUCAAAGUGCUCCUGAGAUGUCACUCCCAGAAUGAAAACACACGUCUGUGUAAAUGUGUGUAUGAAAGUGAGAGGCCGGAGACAUAGAGGUGAGGUGCGUGCUUGUUUCUGCGUCAGUUUGCUCUGCUUGCAUCAUGAAACUGCACGUAUUAGCAAGAAGGGUCUCUGACCUUCUGUGUAAAUGCAACUCAGAUGGGAAUAUAGGCUUAUAAAAAGUAACACCAUGCUGGUGGUGGAGAUGUGAUUAGGAGAAACAGUGUCUAAGUGAGGAAUUAGCUUUCAUAAUGUAGUGGAAAAGAGCAGUGUAAUAAAGCACUCACACACUUAAGUGUGCUCAGGUACAAUGUAGGCUCACUCAUACGUUUCCAUGUGUCUGUUAUUUCAGGCCUAUUUUGUCCAUUUGUAGAUAGACGACAGUGAAGAGUACCAGGAAGUAUGAUGCAUUAUGAGAGAGGAGACGGCAUGUAACAAAGUAAAUUUAAAAGUCUAGUGUGAAGGAUUUAGGAGGAUGUAUUGGCAGAAAUGGAAUAUAAUAUAAUAAUAAUUAUGUUUUCUUUAGUGUAUAAUCACCUGAAAAUAACAAUUUGUGUGUUUUUGUUACCUAGAAUGAGCCAUUUAUAUCUUCAUAGGUCCUCGUCCGCCAUGUUUCUUCAGUAGCCUAGAAUGGACAAACCAAACAGUAGCUCUGGAUAGGACUAUUUGCAUUUUUGCAUCAGCCACCGUCGCUAGCAGCCCCCCAUGAUGAACAGUGUUGAAAAAACACUGUUUGAAACCAUGUCACUUUAUCAAGUGUUUUAAAUGGUGUAAUUCACUGCCUCAGUUUGUUUUGGAAAAGAAGAGACCCCUGCGUAAAAUUUGUCUCCUUUUAAAAACCUCCUGAACAUCUGGAUUUUAAGUUAUUAGAAAAAAUAGUGAGCACACAUUAGCGAGCCCGGUCUCACUUCGAAGUUGUCGAAAUCUGGCACUUGGGCAGUAACUUGCGUCAGAAACCAACGAAAAAAGGCGUCCUUUAACGUCGGCAUGAUAUGCGACCAGUUGCCGUUAUAGUUUAACAGCACCCGGCAGUGUCAUGGGUAAACGCAGCAGGACAAGGACGGCAAAAGUCCCAACUUGGGUGGGCGGGAGUUAUGCUGGAUGGGUCCAACAAACACAGACUUUCACCUGAGAGAGCAGUGUUAGUGUCCUGUGAGAUUCUAAAGCCAAACCCUGUUCUUUUUUUCCUAAACCUAACUAUGUGUGUUUGUGUUAAAGGAAAAAUAACGUCAAUUCGCAGUGUUGUACCCACGUAGUGCGUUUAUUUUGACAGAAGACAAUACAUGUAACAGGCAAAACUUGACACGGCGUCCCAGAGCGUCAGCAACCAACCAGGGUACCUUGCACAUUGUAUGUGGACGCGGAAAGUCCAUGACCAAACUAGUUUGCUGCGAUCCAAACAGCACCAGAGAAACACUGAUUUGUAACAUUAAGCUGCUUUAUUCAGUGUUUUUAUCGGUUUAAAUCACCAGAUCUGUUUGUUUUGGAGAGGAGAAGACCUCUGCAGAUAAUUUGGCUCCUGGUAAAAAAAAAACUCCUGAACAAUGAACACUGAAGGAAUCCUAACUGAGAAAGAUUUCAGCUCGUUGCAAUCUGCAGCCCUCACCUCUAGAUGCCUCUAAAUCUCCCUAAAUCUUUCACACUGUUCCUAUAAUAUCCUACAGUCAUGUAAUCCUUAUUUAUUAGUUAGACAGUUGUUUUUAGUGCAAAUAAAUGUGUUGCCAAAAUUGUUGAGAAGUCCUUAAAAGGAUAAAAAAGUCUCAUUGAAAAUCAUUAUUAUUUGAUGUAAGAAAAUUUAAGUCAGGUUGAGAGAAAUGGCAUUUAAGGAAAGAGAAUUUGGGAGUCAAUUAAAUAACUCGUUAAGAGGGACAUUUUUGCAAUGCACACUGACUUCCUUGAACUGCCUCCCUCAAUGACCCACAUGUGGAAACAUCAGCUAACAGGGACUCAUUAGGCGUGUGAAGCUGCUGCCUGGUGUGUGUGUGUGUAUAUAUAUAUAUAUAUAUAUAUAUAUAUAUAUAUGUGUGUGUGUGUGUGUGUGUGUGUGUGUGUGUGCGUGCGCGGAUGUUUGAGUGUCUGAGCUGUUGUCAUUUCCCCCCUCGUCUCCUCCUCUCCCUCUCCUGCACAGCUCUUUGGGAACAUCAAAGGUAUUAGCGCGGUAUUUUCAGGUAGGGAGCCUUCGGGGCUUUAGUGGUGUUUCUGAGGGAGUUUUGGAGAAUUGUGUUUAUCUCUCCUUUGCGGAGCCCUUUUGCAGUCAAACGCUCCCGAAAUGUCCCCAAACGGAGAGCAGCAGUGUGUUAAAAAGGCCUUCUGACAGCAACUCUGCUCUCUUCUCUGUCACGCCGCGUGACCACUUGGUGUACGCCUCUGGCACUGUCCGGUCUACUGCGUCCAAUAAUGCACCCUACAUAGACAGAGUGAGACAGAGAGAGAGAGACGCACACACACACACAGACACACCGCACGCAUACACAUCCGGACACACAAGUUACAUAGAUGCACAUGCACAGGAACUCUGACAGAACUCGAAGAGACACGAAACUCAGAGGGAACACACUCACACGUGAGAUCAGGCUUCUGAGUAGCCAAACAACUGCACCUACACACACACACACACACACACACACACACACACACACACUUUGAAUUCUGUAGCAAAGUGCUUAAAAGUACAUUUAUGUUGUUUUGGUAGCUUUCACAAAAUGAGCUUUCCAAGUUCACAUUGAUCCAUCUGUCCGCUGUAGCCCCCACUCGCUGGAAAAAAAAAUGUCCGCCCUCAGAUUACCUUGGAAAUGGGUGGAAAUGUGGAUCCAUGUGGCUGAUAAAAGGUGUUUACCUGUUGGACAGUUCAACAUUGUGCCAAACCAGCCAAGCAGUCAACACCGCUGUGUGAGGCCAAGAAAAACCCAUUUCUUUUAAUGAAAACAGAGACGGAAAGAUACAGAGGAUGAGAGAGAUGCACGGGCAGAGACAAGAAGACGGGAGCCAGAACUGGAGGAGAGGGAGCAAAGAAUAAUAGAUGUAGAGAUGAAGUAGUGACGGCACUAUGAUCGGGAUAAGCUGUUUCGGGCAGAGUUUUCCGCUCGUGAAUGUUUGUCUAUAAAACGUUGUGAAGGUGUGUGUAAGAGAGGAGAAGGACACAGAAUACAUAGCAAGGUUGUUUGUGUGCACUGUGGUCCAGAGAGUAGCCCAAUCCCCUCAGCUGUGUUGCUCACUGCUUAGUAAUGCCAAACAGGAAAUCAAUGUUGCCCGCUGUAUGUGUUUGUGUGUGUAUAUGUGCGUCUCCAGACACCUCUGUCUGCCAGUGUUUCUCUCUUGGAAGUGUGUGUGUGUGUGUGUGUGUGUGUGUGUGUGUGUGUGUGUGUGAGAGAGAGACAGAGAGAGUGAGAGGGAGAUGUAUCUGCCCACAGGCCAAAGGCAAGCCCAUGCCAGGGAAAGCGGGGCAGUGACAUCCUUCUCUCCCUGUGCUCUAUUCCCUAUCUCCAAAUCAAUGUCCCUGCACAGUUUAGCAGUCAAGCCAAUCAGUCUUGCUAGCUAUGCUAUAAUAAAACCACAACUGGGCUCUCUGUAGCAGCUCGGAUCAAUUCUAAUGCAGGAUCUUGAUUAACUUUGUUUUUGCGAUAAGACUCACAAAUUAUUAAGCUGCACUGUGCAACAGGAAAAGGAGGCCAGGUCGUUCAACGUUAUUACUCUGAAUGGAGCAGGACUGCAUUACAGCACACAUUAUCUAUCUGUAAAGAUGUUUUCACGCAGUACAAUGAAGAUGCACAGCGACUGAGACACAUUACUUGACUUGUAACUCGGAAAUCUAACGAUAUUUAUAACAUGUAUUAGAGUUACUGCAAAAGAACGAACAAGCAGAGGCAUAUUUGCAGUGUCAAGCUUUUGGUUUUACUUUAAAGCUACUAUGAUCUACAUGUUUAUAUUAACAAUGGAUCACAUGACUGUUUAUAUGCAAAGAAAAUGCUUGUAGUGACAGACCCACAGAUUAUUAUCACCUACUGUACCUCUGCAGUUCAGCGCUACUGAGCACUUUAGCGCCUUUUAGCUUGUUUUGGUUUCACUGCCCUCAACUCACUGGUUCACUCACAAUCAUGCCAUUUCCAAACAGAUACAAUAGGAUAGAAAAUAUUUUUAUUUUCCACAAUAGAUGGAAAUUUGACAUUUAAAAGCAGACAAAUAGUCAGUAAAACAAACAUACAAAGUCAUUACAAAACGCUAAACACAUAAAAUCAGCUCAUUUUCUGUGGUUUAAAACUCAUCAGUCACAUUAUUGAGUUAAGAAUACUCAUGGCACUUUGGAUGAAAGACUUCUUAAGUACAUUUUUAGUUGCCAGAGGGACUCUAUAGCGCCUCCAGGAGCUCAAGAGCUCAAACUGCAGCAGGCAGCUGCUCUGAUAAACCCAUGGGCAUGUUACCAAACAGACCUACCAGGCCAGGGGCCCCAAAACCAGAGCCUCUGCGUGAAGUCGCUGUCAUUAACUUUGCAUGUCUUGUCGAACGGGUUAGUCAUCAUGUUGAUAACUGAGCCUCAAAGUCUUAAAAAAAAAAAAAAGAAAAACUGAAGGAAUAGCCUAAAUAUUCACUUUGAAGAUGAUUCAGGAAGGAAACCAGCGUGAUACAUUUUAAGAGAGCGUUUCUAUUCCCUCAGUUUAACCACAGAAGUUAUGACACUAUGCAAUUUAGGCCAUUCAGUUCUGUGGGGAGAAACAGCAGCAUGUUGUACCUGCGCUAGGGGGGUAAGGGGGCCCAUGAUGUCAUAAUCCGCCUGUGGAUAAAUCAGCUGUACACUACCUGCUCAGCAUCACACCGCAGAGAGACAAGUGCAGACUCUUGUGAAACAGAGCUGAAAGGAGAAGAAAUACUGGACAGGUUGGGUGCAAACAUGAUUCUUAAUGUUGUAAACGCUUUAAGAUACAUUCAUUUUAUGAACUAAAUAAAGUGAUAAUCUGUUGGGGGUUUACAGCUGCUUCCAAGUGGCCAAAAAAUCAGUUAGUGGAGGUUUAAAACCAUAAUGAGGAGCGGAUGUUUUGUAGCCACCACUUCCUGCUACUGAUAUUUUAAAGUAAAAGUAAAACUUGCAAAUAUGCCUUGGUGUAUUUUUGGAGUAACUCUACUCUUAUACUUGACUUGAGGUUUAGUAUAUAUGUUGUCCAAGCAGUAACAGACGCGGUACAUAGAUGUACUUUUACAGUUACAGUUGUCAUUUUCAUCAUUGCUGGAUUUCCACCUGUAAGCAGAUAAAACACAUACUGUAGUGUAGCUGUUAGCAAAUUUUCCUCCCAUAAUGUGUAAGGUCACUGUAUUUAUCACUACAUAAUCUCCAAUAACAGCUGCUUUCAGCUGCUGAGCACUGUCUACAGUAUACUGUGCAAUAUUAUUUGAAGCAAAAACAUGAGGGAACGCUACACUGUGUUUAAAGCGACCUUUUAUGCAAAUGAAAAAAAAAGCAAAUACAGCUUUUUUGAAAAUUCUAAUCUGAAGCACUUUAAAUGACAUUAGUUGUUAAUGCUGAAUUAACAUUAAACUGGAUUUAGAAGCUGCUUGCUUUUUACAAAAAACCUUUUGAUUUCUUUUAUUCUUUCUUCUUUGCCAGUGUGUCUCUGUUUGCAAAGGUAAUCAUAUUUUUCUAGGAAGCCAUGUGAGACAGCAAUAAAGGAGUGAACCAAAUUCUGACAAAGGUGUUUCAGCUCAUCUUCUGUUGGUGGCAAAUGGAGCUUUGUCACCGUUUACCGUGUUUCUUUCUAAUGUUAUUUCCAUCAGAACUGCUUGCAUGUUAGACCAAUAACUCCAGACGUGUUUACCUUAAAAGCUUAGCUGCAGGUCAGCGGCAAAAUGUUAAACAUCAGAGCAGGAGAUGGUGCUGCACCAUCAAUGAGAGGCCACAGGUGAAAUCCUUUGUCCUAUGGCGGGUAGUGCUGCUUUGACAGCCAACUCUGUUCAUUGAUUUGGAUCACAGACCCUCGCCAACGCUUACACAUACAAACAUAAAGCCGCUGACCUCAGUUCAAGAUGAAAGAGAAAUCUCAUUCUCAGUUUCUUUUCCUUGUUUUCACCGUUGUGUUUCUGUGGAAAUAAAGUAUGAUUGUGAA